GCAACCCCCGCCCCGAGGGGGCGGCCCGCGGGGGCGGUUCGGGCUAAGUCGGGGCUCGGCCGGCAGCCGCCGCACGGCUCGCAGAGCAGCGGAGACCGGCAGCCGGUGAGACGGGCGGUGAGAAGCGGGCGGUCCGAUGUCCUCCAGCCGGGGCGGACCAUGGCCUCCAUCGCCGAGCGCAACCUGCAUUGCCAUCAAGCCCGAUGGGGGUGCAGCGGGACUCGUGGGGGACAUCAUCAAGCGGUUUCGAGCAGAAGGCUUCAAACUGGUGGCCAUGAAAUUGAUUCACGCCUCUGAAGACCUGCUGAGAGAACACUACAUUGACCUCAAGGACCGUCCCUUCUACGAGGGCCUGGUGCAGUACAUGCACUCGGGACCCGUGGUGGCCAUGGUGUGGGAGGGUCUCAACGUGGUGAAGACUGGAAGAGUGAUGCUGGGGGAAACGAAUCCAUUUGACUCCAAGCCUGGCACGAUCCGUGGGGACUUCUGUGUGCAAGUAGGAAGGAACAUCAUCCAUGGGAGCGACUCUGUAGAAAGUGCCGAGACAGAGAUCAGCUUGUGGUUCACUCCUGAAGAGCUGGUUGAUUACAGGAGCUGUGCUCAUGAGUGGAUCUAUGACUAAAGCUUCCCUCUACCUUCCAAUACGUCCUGCCUGUAGACAGCUGCUAGGCUAUAGCUGUGGCCCAGCCCUCCCUACACACUGGUAGAUACCUGCCCCAGGAAGCUGAGAUGGCUCUGGUGUGAGUGUCAAGCGCAGCCAGCCUCUGCUGCUGCUCUGGGUAAAGAGCUGCGAGGUUAGAGGUGGAAUUGCACUUCUGGAGGUGAGGGAGAGAAGCUGGAACACUGAGCAGAGAAUGCAGGUAGCUUCCUGAAACACUCUGUAGUCAAAGAGGGUAUUUUGGUAGCGGGGGGGAAAAAUGCUAAGGAUACAUUUGUAAAUAACUGCAAGUGGCCCAGUGUGCAAGGCUGGAGCUGCUCAAAGGUGGCUUGUGCAUGUGUGCCCAGGCAUGGGAGCCUGAGCCUGCUGCCAGCCCCGGAUGGCUCCAGCAGAGCUUCUGAAUUCCCCUGUGCACAGCUGCCAGCACUUCCUCCAGACUGACACUGUUUCAACUUGCCUUCCCCCGCCCCGAGGAUUUAUGUAGCAUUUGAAGGCAGGAUUAAUAGGGCAGGCUCUCUGAAAUGCCCUUUUAUGUGAAAAGAAGAUUAAUGUGCGGAUGGAUGAGGGAGAUUCACCUUGAGCCACUUGGCUGUAGCAGUCCUGGCGCUGCGCAGUGACAACUGAGCGGCGUUUGCUCUACUGCUGAGCAGGUGGGAAUGCAGCUGGGUCCUUGUUUCUGUUCCUUCCUGGGUAACUCCCAAGCAGGGUGCCCUGGGGUAAGCUGUGCCAGAGGCAACUUUAGCACUGCUGUCAAAGGGAUUUGAUGAUGUAAGGAAGUACAGAACAGUGAUGUCAGUACCUCAGCAGAGGUGUCUGCUGCUGUCAGACAAUACUGGAGGGGGAACAAGAAACGUGUUGGGGUUUCUGUUGUGUGUUUGUUUACCCGCAGUGCUGAAUCCAUUAAAAACAAGAGUUGCAUCAA